CUUAUGUUUGUCAUUGCAAUGGCAGCUUUUGGAGCAGAGGAAGAUGAUGCACUCUGCAAGAUGCUAGGGAUGCCAGAGUUUCCUCUUCUAUCUAAGGAUGGUGAUAUUAUCAUUGGAGGAGCCUUCUCCAUUCACAGCCAAAUCUCAAAGCCUUCUUUAUCCUUCACAGAUAUUCCAGAACCUCUCACAUGCACCAGAAUUAAUUUUAGAGAGUUUCGUUUUGCCCACACAAUGAUGUUUGCCAUAGAGGAGAUCAACAAAAGCAGUUCUCUGCUGCCUAAUAUCUCUAUUGGGUAUAAGAUUUUUGACAGCUGUGGUUCGACACUACCUUCGGUGCGUGCAGUGAUGGGUCUAAUGAAUCAACAGGAAAAGACUUUAGGAAAAACAUGCUCCAGCCAGUCAUCUGUUCAUGCCAUCGUCGGAGCCUCAGAGUCCUCCUCAACCAUUGUAAUGCUUCAGACAUCAGGGAUUUUUCAUAUACCAGUGAUCAGCCACUUUGCAACAUGCGCUUGUCUAAGUAAUAGAAAGGAGUAUUCCUCUUUCUUCAGAACCAUUCCCAGUGACUAUUAUCAGAGUAGAGCUCUUGCAAAAAUGGUGAAACAUUUCGGCUGGACCUGGGUUGGCACAGUUAGAAGUGACAACGACUACGGUAAUAACGGCAUGGCCACGUUUAUUGCAGCGGCGGGUCAGGAGGGGGUCUGUAUCGAGUACUCAGAAGCCAUUUCAAGGACCGACUCCAGAGAUAAAGUUGCCAAGGUGGUCAGAGUGAUCCGGGAAGGCACUGCAAAGGUUUUAGUUGCCUUCCUUGCCCAGAGUGAGAUGAAUAUUCUUCUUGAAGAAGCUGUGAGGCAGAACUUGACUGGGCUGCAGUGGGUGGGAAGUGAGUCCUGGAUCACAGCAGGCUACCUAGCAACUAAAACGUACUCCGGCAUCUUGACAGGGUCACUGGGCUUCACUAUUAAAAAGACAAAAAUCCCAGGAUUACAAGAAUUCCUUUUACAAGUUAGCCCAUUUCAGAACCCACAAAACAGUGUGCUUAGAGAGUUCUGGGAGGAAGCGUUUGACUGCAGUUUCCAGCCCAGUUUGAAUGUUCCAAAACAAUGCUCUGGCUCCGAAAAACUGAAGGACAUCGACAACCCUUUCACAGAUGUGUCAGAGCUGAGGAUAUCCAACAAUGUGUAUAAGGCUGUAUAUGCUGUGGCUUAUGCUAUACAUAAUAUGUUAAAAUGUGGUGAAAUGGUGAAUCAGUCUUGCAACCGGAGAGACAAAUUAGAGCCAAAACAUAUUCUGACACACCUGCAAGACGUGAAUUUUACUCUUCAUUCUGGUGAGAGUGUGUACUUUGAUGAGAACGGAGACCCUGCAGCCACAUAUGAGCUGGUAAAUUGGCAGAGAAACAAAAAAGGGGACACUUUGUUUGUGACUGUUGGGAGUUAUGAUGCUUCACUUCCAAAAGGAAACCCGUUUACAAUGAAUGGAAUAAACAUUACAUGGGCUGCUGACUCCAUAAAGAAGCCUCAGUCUGUCUGCAGUGAAAGCUGUUCACCAGGUUUCCGCCAAGCUGUGAUUAAAGGCAAACCCAUCUGCUGUUUUUCCUGCAUCUCCUGUGCUGCUGGAGAGAUCAGCAACUCUAACAAUUCUGCAGAGUGUACACGGUGUUCAUUGGAGUACUGGUCAAAUGAGAAUCACAGCCAGUGUGUGCCAAAGGUGAUCGAGUUUUUAUCUUACGAAGAAACCAUGGGGGCUGUUCUGGCUACUUUUUCAUUAUUUGGAGCGAGUUUAACAACGGUGGUGUUCUUUGUCUUUCUGUGGUUUCGUCAAACACCUCUCGUCAAAGCCAGUAAUUCAGGGCUGAGCUUCCUGUUGCUGUUCUCCUUGAGUCUGUGUUUCCUGUGCUCUCUGACCUUUAUCGGUAGGCCUUCUGUGUGGUCAUGCAUGCUGCGUCACACAGCGUUUGGCAUCACUUUUGCUCUGUGUAUGUCUUGUAUCUUAGCUAAGACCGUAGCAGUGGUGAUCGCCUUUAAAGCUAAGAGGCCUGCACCUAGAGUUCCUCAAUGUUCUGCUCCAUUUCAGAGAAUAAGUGUUUUCACCUGUACAUCACUGCAGGUUGUAGUAUGUGUGCUUUGGUUAACUCUUGCACCACCAGUCCCAUACAAAAAUGUGGCUUACUCUGCUGAAAAGAUUAUUCUAGAGUGUGAUUUGGGUUCACCUAUAGGCUUCUGGGUUGUGUUGGGAUAUAUAGGACUCCUAGCCGUUCUGUGCUUUAUCUUUGCUUUUCUGGCUCGGAAGCUGCCUGAUAAUUUCAAUGAAGCUAAAUUUAUCACUUUCAGCAUGUUGAUAUUCUGUGCAGUGUGGAUCACCUUCAUUCCGGCUUAUGUCAGCUCUCCAGGGAAGUUCACUGUGGCUGUGGAAAUAUUUGCUAUUUUGGCUUCUAGUUUUGGGUUGCUUUUCUGCAUAUUUGCUCCAAAAUGCUAUAUUUUAGUAUUGAAACCAGAAAGAAAUACCAAAAAACAUAUGAUGGGAAGAAAUUAA